AUGGGCACCUGGGCCUGCACAGCCUUUCUGCUGCUCUGCCUGACUCCUGACAGCCAGCAAGGCGGCUAUGGCUCCCCUAGUGGUCUUGGAGCAGGAUUCAGGAACGGAAACGGUCUGGGAGCCCAACUAGGCCUUCCGGCUCAGAAUGGCUAUGGAGGAGGGGUUGCAGCAGGAGUGAAGCCUCAGAAGACAGGCUUUGGGCACAGGCAUGGCGGCGGGCCGGAGGCGGCGGCCUUCCCCGGAGCUGCCCUGCAGCCAGGGUUUGGAGGGGGUCCGAAGCCCCCAAAACCAGGCCUAGGUGGGAGCGUGAAGCCUCAGAAGCCAGCCCAUGGGCCAGGCAAUGGGCAUGGGAUGCAAGCCCCGGCCUUCCCCGGAGGCAGAGCCCAGCCAGGACUCAGCAAUGGAAACGGCCUGGGUGUCCAGCCAGGCUUUGGAGGGGGCAGAAAACCCCAGAAGCCAGGGCUGGGGAAUGGGAACGGGAUGGGGGCCGGUGCCCUCCUCAGAGCUGGAACUCCACCAGGCCCUGCCUCUCAGAAUGGCUACGGACCAGGAUACGGAGGAGGCAUGAAGCCCCAGAAACCAGGAUUUGGGAGCAGGAAUGGGCUUGGAGCCCAGCCAGGCUUUGGAGGGGGAGCAAAACCCCAGAAGCCAGCUCCUACCGCGGGAAACGGCUACAGCCCAGGCUAUGGAGGGGACACAAAGCCCCAGAAACCAGGGCACAGGAACGGGCUGGGAGCCGGGGCCUUCGCUGAUGCAGGCACUCAGCCAGGCCUGGGACGGGGCACCAAACCUCCCAAACCAGGUUAUGCCAAUGGGCUGGCGGCCCAGCCAGUACAGAACGGCCAGUUCCCAGGUUACCAGCCUCCCAAUGGUUACCGACCAGGGGCAGAACCGGGCUUUGGUGGUGGCCUCAGGCUGCAGAAAGUCGGUUUUAAUUAUGGGACUGGAGCUCUAGGCGCUGGGCUUUUCCCUGAGGCCCGCCCACCACCAGCAUUCCCUGGGCUCACUGGCUUUCGGAAUGGUCUGCUGCCACAGGCCUCUGCCUGGCCAGCCCUCCGGCCCUGGGAGGCUGGCAUGAAACCAGGAUACAGAUAUGCAGGAGUUGGGAGUCAGCCAGGACCCUAUGGUCAGCGGGGGCCAGAGCUGGGUCUGGGGCCCUUUGGGGACCCUGAGGUGAAGCCAGGUGCCAGUAGCCAUCUGGAAAAUGCCUAUGAAGGCGCCUCCAAUUGGCUGGGCUGGUGCCGGUGGCGCCGGGCCUCCGCGUCCCGGCCCGAGGUCGCGGAGAGCGGUGCCGAUAGGGCGCUGGGGCGGCCGGCGGCGGCCAAGCUGGCUACGGGGCUGCCCCGCUCGCGCUCGCACCCGCGGUUCUCCCGCGCCCGCGUGCACCCCCGGCUGGGCCGGACCCGCGGGUCGCUGCCGCCCUCCCCGCCGCCCGGGCCGUCGCUGCCGCACCCCCCGCUGCCGGGGCUCCCGGCCGGCCUGACCGCGGGCCCCCCGCCGCCCUCGGCGCUCGCCCAGGCCGAGCUGCCGCCGCUGCCCGCGCUGCCGCUGCGGCCCGAGCUGCUGGCUCCGUGGGGGCCCCUCGCCCACCUGGCGCUGCCGGAGCUGCCGCCCGCGGCCUGCGCGCCCGCGCCGCCCCGCGCCGCCCUCGCGCUGCAGGGCCUGCCGCGCCUGCCCGCGCCCGCCGCCGCCGCCGCCGCGCCGCUGCCCGUGGGCGCGCGCGGCCGCCCGCCGCUGCUGGGCGAGGCCUCCCCGCGGCCGCUGCCGCCGCUGCCCGCGCGGCCCGCGCCCUGCGGCCUGCUGGCGCCGCCCGCGCCCCGCGAGCCCUGGCCGCGGCCCGCGCCCCCGCCGCCGCCCCCGCCGCCCCCGUACUUCCUCCUGUGGCCGCCCAGCUGA